CAGCUUUGAAAAAAUAUACCGCAUAAUUAAUGGUAACAGAGAUAAAAGCAGUAACCAUUCCUAAUUUUCACACUGUCCCAAUUUAUUUAGUUUUUCUCAAAAUAAAGAGAAGCAUGUACAGUUGUUUCUGUUUUGCCAUUGUGUGAGAAGAAAAAAAAGAGAGAGAAAUGAGAGGAGGAAGAAUGCACAGAAAAACAGACUCAGAAGAAACAACCAACAGCAACGAACAAUCUUCCUCCUCUCCGCCGCGUUCACCUCCGCGGCGACCACUUUACUACGUCCAGAGUCCUUCAAACCACGACGUCGAGAAAAUGUCUUACGGUUCGAGUCCUAUAGGUUCACCGCAUCAUCAAAAUUUCCACUACUACAUCUCUUCUCCCAUUCAUCACUCUCGCGAAUCUUCCACCUCUCGUUACUCCGCUUCGCUGAAAAACCCUCGCAACAUUCCAGCUUCCUCUUGGAAGAAACUGAAUAACAGGAACAGUCAUGACGAUCUUGACCUAGACGAAGACGAAGACGAUGGAGGCGUUUAUGACAAUACUCGCAAUUUUCGGUUGUAUUUUUGCUUCUUCGUGCUCUUCGUGGUGCUUUUUACUCUGUUUUCGUUGAUUCUUUGGGGUGCUAGCAAAAGCUACAAGCCUCGGAUCGUUGUUAAGAGUAUAGUGUUUGAGAAUCUGAAUGUACAAUCUGGGAACGAUGGAACGGGAGUACCAACAGAUAUGUUGUCAUUGAAUUCAACGGUUAAGAUCUUAUACAAAAAUCCUGCAACUUUCUUUGGUGUGCAUGUCACGUCAACUCCUCUGCAACUUAGCUAUUACCAGCUCACACUGGCUUCUGGCCAGAUGCAGGAGUUCUAUCAAUCAAGGAAGAGUCAUAGGAUGAUAGCUGUUGUGGUGUUUGCAUACCAAGUUCCACUCUACGGUGGGGUCUCGGUUCUUGGAAAUAGUAACACAGAACACAUGAACAGUGUUGCAUUACCAAUGAACCUAACGUUUGAAGUGAGAUCAAGAGCUUAUGUUUUGGGAAGAUUGGUUAAGUCUACAUUCUACCGGAGAAUCAGAUGUUCAAUCACCAUCCAUGGAAACAAGCUUGGAAAACAUCUUAAUUUGACUGAUUCAUGUGUCUACAAGUAAUCAUUUAUUCAUGUCUACUGGGUCCUGCUUUUGGUGAUGAUACAAAGUGUUCUUGUGUUCUAUGUCCUUUUAAUUUCUUGCUUAUGCUGUAUUUGUUGAGGCCUAACAUGAUUGUAUCACUUUUACUACAAAACUAAUGAAAUUAAACUGCUAAUCUCACCUAGCUUUAUGCA